AUGUUUAAGGCCCUCAUGGGCGGGGGCCGGUCGUCCUCGGACGUCCGCAGCACCACCAGCUCCAGCUCUAAGAGUCGUCGCAAGACUGAUUCCAAGUCUUCACAUAGCCGCAAAUCCUCACGGGGUGACGACCGUGACCGCGGCCUGGGUGACUUGUCGGCCUACGAGCCCUCGGCUUCGAGCAGCAGGCGCGGACCUGCGAGUGUGGCUGGCGAAUCCGUCGCAUCCACCUACGUGACGGCCGAACCCGACGAAAUCGACCCCUAUACUGCUAUCGUUGAGCGAACACCAAAGCGCAGAGAUAGUGACAGGGAUAGCAUUCGUUCUCGCCGCCGCGACCGAGACCGAGACCGAUCGUCAAGCAGAGAUCGCGACAAAAGGAAGAGCCGCCGAAGCACCGCUGACGCGCCGGAUGAUGACUGGGAGCGUGAGCGCGGCGAGCGCGACCGUCGCGAGCGCAGGCGCACGCAGUCUGGAGAUCACUACAUGCCGCCCGUCUCCACCUCCAUGCCGUCCAGUGCGCCAGGCGCCCAGUUUGCCGCCGACAUUGCGGCCCCGGGCUUUUCGCAAUUCCCCAUGCAGUACGAUAAUAUGAUGGCCCCCGCGUUCUCCCCGCCUCACGAUUCUACGCCAUUACCUUAUGAUCCCCACGUUGCACAACAAUUCCCUGGCCAGUUCCCUACUGGGACUGCGGAGCCUUACCUACCUUACCAUCCUGCCGGAGCCGCAGCGGACUACUACGGAGAUCAAGGUCAAUCUGUUUCAGAGCAACCGGGUAUGCGACCGCAAAAGCCACUCGUGAACAGCCAAGAACAUCUGAUGGCGGCAUCGCCAUCGGUCAAUCCUCCACCCGAGCCGAGUAGUGUUGGCCAGGUUGGAGCGGCAGCCGCGUACUUCGAUGAUGCUGCGCCCAUUCAGUCGGCCAGCAACCCGCCAUCUGGGUCAUCUUCCAAGCCCCCAAAGCCCGGGAAGACCAGCAAGCCGUCAACAUCGAAGCCAUCAAAACCUAGCAAACCUUCGUCUUCAAGUGCCAUUCCCGCUGUCGCGGCGGCGGGAGCUGCUACAUAUGGCAUUGGAAGUAUGAUGGCUCAUGAGGAGUCACAAUAUUCAUCGACAAGCGCAUAUCAAUCUCACUCGUACUCGCAAGGAGCUGUCCCAAGUUCAAGCAGACCCCCAGGUUCCAACAGGCCUUCAGGUUCAAACAAGCCCCCGAGUUCAAGCAAGCCUCCCCAUUCCUACGGCGUCGGUACUGGUAUCGGUGUUGCAGCAGCUGGCGCAGCGGCGGGCUACAUGCUCGGCCACCAUGAUCACCAUGAUCACCCCGACAGCCCUGCGCACAACGUCCAGAACUACGAACAAUCAUCCCAAUCUGGUCUGCCGCCCUAUGCAUCUGGUAGCAAUCACGCGAUGAUCGCCACUGGAGGUGCAGGCUAUGAGGGGCCAACCUAUGCGCAGCAUGUUGCUCACCAUGGCCCUGGCUACUACCCACAGGCAGUGGGAGCCGGCGCUCUUGCUAUGCAGCACCGCCAGCGCGGCCCUCUGACCAAGUUUGUGGACUUUUGGCGUGAUCCAGAGGGCGUCGGUCGAUUUGAAGAUUACACCGAGACCAUCGGCGUGUGUAGGUAUUGCUUUGACCCUCAAAGCACCUCCCUCAAUGCGCCUCGCAAGCAUCACUAUAACGCACGCCGACAUUCUUCCGACCGCUACAGCAGCAGUAGCAAUUCGAGAGUCAACAAGCUCAGCCGAUACCACUCGUCGGAAGACGAGAGAGGUCGACGCAAGAAGUCAAAGAAGUCGUCUUCGUGGCUUCCCGGUAUGCUGACUGGCUAUGCCACGAAGUCCAUUUUUGCUGGCAAAGACUUUGAUGAUACUUACAGUGUCCGCUCUGGCCGGCCCUCUGGAGAGCGUACAUCAUCUCACGACGAGACGAUGAGUUACACUUCCCGUGGUGUCGUUCGUCGCUCUGGACGAAACUCGCCGCGAGAAUAUUAUUAUGAUGACAAGAACUCUCGACGCAAUCGCUCUCGAUCUUCAUCUCGAUCUCGCCGUUCAUCGUUCAUGAAGGAGGCAGCCUUGGGCGCGGCAGUGGGUGGAGCCGCGCUGGCGGUCUCGAAGCACCAACGAGACCGCAGUCGAUCUAUCUCGCGGGUUCAACGCCGGAAGGAAUCUUCAUCUAGCUCCUCCUUUGUCGAUGUAUCCCGGCCUGCUGCCAAGUCUGUUGGAGGCUUUACCUCCUUCUUCACUUCUUCGUCUGAGAACCGCAGAAAUACACGCGCUAAGCGGUCGAAGAGCUUUUUCUCAUUCCGCAGCUCGUCUUCUUCCUCGCUUGAUAAUGACCUCGCCUUUGGAGAUGGAUUUUCUAAGAAGCCUCCAAAUAAGCUGAAGAAGAAGGAGAGGAAGGGUAAGAAGCCAGAGAACGUGGAUGCUGCGCUUUUGGGCCUGGGCGCCACCGCGACUGCUCUUGCUGCUUCUCAUUCUCAUGGCCGCAGCCGCAGCACGGGUCAGAUUCUUACUGCCAGAGAAUCUCAAUAUCGUCACUCCGAUUACGGCACUUCUGCCAACGAAGGCGACGAGUGGAUUGACGCCGAGUCGGAUGACCUUUCUUCCUCUAGUGCCAACUCCGCCCUUGCCUUCGGCGCUAGUAAUGGUAGUUCUAGCUCAGACUCAAACAGCGGAGGAUGGGGCUGGGGCUGGGGCAAGAAGAAGCAAAAGAAGAAGGACAAGAAAUCAUCUAUUGGUAAGACUGCUGUGGCCGCUGGCACUGGUGUCCUUGGAGGCGCGGCUUUGGCCUCGGUGGCUCGCCGCCGCGAUAGCCGUCCUUCAAGCAGCGCUGGCAGUCUUCAACAAGUCUACCCUGUCCCCACAUCCGACCCUGGUCACUUCGAUGUUGGCAGAUCGACCCAAUCCGUUAUUUCAAACGAUGAAACACCCCUCGUUCGCCCUGGACCUAUCCCUCUUCAGCAGCCUCAACCCGUGACCCCUGUCUCCCAGGCCAUCUACAGCACACAGGGAAGCCUGCCGGGAUCAAUUCCCGCGUACAGCGCUCCGGCAGCUGUUCCUCCCAUCUUCGCCAAUGAAUUCGACCGCUAUGGGCCUCAACCCCAAGCAUCUCGUGACGCGCCCUGGAACCCUGAUGAUGUUAGCUAUGCUGAGCGGCGCCAUCCGCGCAGAAGCAAUUCUUCUCCUGUGUUCCCUCUUCAGGAGAGCUCCGUCUCUAGUCAAAAGCGCCGGUCUACAAUCAAGGACCAGGCUUCUGUGUCAUUCAACCUGACAGAGGAGCAGGCGGAACGCGAGCGUCGUCUCAGUCUCACUCGUCGUGAGAGGGAAUCUCGUGAGGAUUUCAGGGAUGAUCCUGUCCAGUUGAUUGAUCGCGAAGAAGAAUUGGCUCGACUCGAGUCUGAGCGACAUGAUCGGGAUCGGGAGCGAGAGGAACGCGAACGCGAUCGGGAACGGGAACGCGUGCGGGAAGAACGUGAGCGUGAGCGCGAACGCGAACUCGAACGGGAACGGGAGCGUCGUCGCAAGGAAAAAGAUGAUGAGAAGCGGCGAAGCGAUAACGACAAGGAAACGGAAUCUUCCAAAUGGGUCGAAGCAGCUGCCAUUGGUGCCAUUGGUGCUGCCGCUGCCACUUCAAUCAUCUCCCACAAGAGCAAGAAGGAUGAAGAGGAUGCAUCUGAAGCCAGCUCAAGACGCCGUGAACGACGUCGUGCCGAGCGCCGAGCGGAAUCUUCCUUCGUCUCGAAGUCCGAUAUCUCCACACCAGUCGAAGCCCCUGAGCCGCCUGUGGACUACACAGACUACCGCGAGGAGCCUUCUCGCCGCAGCCCUCGUCCAGCCCAGGUCUACGAUGACUACGCCGAGUUCUUUGCACCCGAAGAAGUCCGACACAGCCCCAAUCAGCAAUCGCGCCGGCGCGGCUCAGCUGAGUCCGGUGACGAGCCUGAAAUAAUCGAGGUUGUUCCCGCCAGUGAACGUGAGAAGGAAGAGGCCAAGGAUGAACCGACUGAUCUUCCCCAGUUCGGUCCUGAGCCUUAUGAAGAUCGCGAGCAUCUCCCGUGGCCGGUUCCACGACUGAACUAUAUCGAACCUACUCCCCCCCAGAGUAUUAACGGGUCUGUUCGUGGUGCUGCUUCGCCUGUUGUGGCGCCUGUUCAGAAUGGCCAGAAUGAGCCUCCAGAGGUUGUCCGUGAAGAAAGCCGCGAUGGACGCCGCGAACCUCGUUCAGAGCCUCGCUCAGAGCCUUAUGAAGCUCCCCAAGAAGUACCCAAACGUGAACGCUCAAGUACCGGUUCCCGAGUAUCUUGGGGACCUCAUUCAACCCACGAGUACGAGGUCCCCUCAUCCUCUGAACCCGAGUUCUCUCCCACCCCCGACGACUUCCAAGACAUCAGCAUCGACUUCCCUGCGAAAGAAAAUGCUGAGGACCUCUCCAAGUCAAAGGACACCAGAAAAGCUGAUUUCGGUGACGAUAUCGAGUUUGCUGCCACAGUCGCUGCCGCAACCGAAGCGGCUGGGUUUGAUCCUUCCUUCGUGAUCGACGACCCUAAAUAUCACACGCGUACUUCUCCUCCCGGAUCAGAGGAUGAAGGAACAUUCUCUCCCACUUCGAAGUGGGCCCCGGUAUCCGAACAACCCCAUGGUUUCGUUGAGGGCGAGAUCGAGAGCCCUGGUGUCUCCAAGUCUAGGGAUGACAAACCCCGGCAUCUCAUUGACAAGGAUCCUUUCUACGCUGAACCCGAGUCUUUUUGCAAAGAAAAUGAGUCAUCCAAGCGCCGGGAGGUCUCCAUUGCCCAGGAGGUCAUGGAGCAGCUCAAUGAAAAGCACGGCAGAUCUAGCUCUCUGGAGAACGACGUAUUCUCCAUGCCUGGAGGCUUUGAUAGCUUCAACGACUCGAUAGAGGUUGAAUCUCGCGAUGACCGCUCAGUCUUCUCCGCUCCCCCUGUGAGAGAAUCCGAGAGCAAAUCCAAGUCUAAGAAGCCUGGUCGUCACGGCGACGAUCUUGACUUCGCUCGUGAUUUGCCACGCGAGUCAUCUCGUGAUGUCUCCCGCGACAUAUCUGUUGAUGAUGUCUCGCCCGCCGUUGAGAAACCCGAGAUCGAUGUCAAGGAAGAGAAGCGACGGAAUCGUCGCUCAAAGCAGGAUAGCGAUGUCUUCGCCGUUGACGAUGAUGCCCGGUCCGCUAUCACUUCAAUUGAAGAUGUUGAGAAGUCUGAGCGACGCAAACAUCGUUCCUCCAGAUCGCGGGACUAUGAUGAUGCUGCCUCUAUUGCAUCGUCUCCCGCCAAGUUCGAUGAUGCCAAGGGCCCUAUCACUCCGCUUGAGGACGAGGAGAAGUCUGAGCACCGGAAGCAUCGCUCCUCCAGAUCGCGGGAGUUUGAUGAUGCUGCGUCUGCUAUUACCGCAUUUGAGGAUAAUGAAAAGUCUAAGCGUCGUAAGCAUCGUUCCUCUAGAUCUUCCCGGGAUGCGUCUCCUAGCACUCCCCUCGACGACGAAGAGAAGUCUGAGCGCCGCAAACAUCGUUCAAGAUCCUCCCGAGACUUCGAUGAUGCCGCGUCCGCUAUAACUACGCUUGAUGACGACGAGAAGUCCGAACGUCGCAAGCACCGUCAUUCGAAGCGUGACAGUGAUACAUACUCAGUGGAUGAUGACGCCAGAUCUGCCAUUACCUCUCUUGAAGACGGUGAGAAGUCCGAGCGUCGCAAGCAUCGUCGCUCCAAGCGGGACAGUGAUACCUUCUCGGUAGACGAUGACGCCAGAUCUGCUAUCACUUCAAUUGAUGAUGUCGAGAAGCCCGAGCGGCGAAAGCAUCGUUCCAGAUCAUCACGCGACUUCGACGAUACCGCAUCUAUCUCCUCUUCUCCCGCCAAGUUCGACGAGACACGGGAGAAGCGACGCAGCAAGGAUGAUAAGGAGCUGAAGGAAAAGAGCUCUUCUGGUGGAUUAAUCCGGAGUCUCUUUGGCUCGCGUGUUUCAGAGCCAGCCCGCUCCCGGUCUAACUCCCGGUCUUCCUCUGUGGAUAAGCAUCCCUCGCGUGAGGCCAUCUCCGAGGCUGGAGUUGACGAUGAACGACACCGCCGCAAGAAGAAGCAUCGCAGCUCCAGUGGAGGAGACAGUUUGCGUGACGAUGGAUCGGACAAGGAAUCAGUCCGCAGUGUGCGCAGUUCUCGCAGUGAAGCAAACCUGGAGGAGUACAGGUCCAGCAGACAGAAGAAGGAAGAGCGACGUCGACACAAGUACGAGGAUAUUGUUGAUUCGGGAAGACGCGGAGAAUCUGAGAAGGUAUAA